AUGGACUGUUCCAUGAACCUCAUUGAGAUCGGGAACCCCUCUCAGAGCCUGGAGAACGUCUGCCGCUGGGCUUACCUCCAGCAGAAGCCAGACACAGGUCACGACGAGUACCACGAUCACGCCAUCUUCCUCACGCGGCAGGACUUCGGGCCUUCGGGCAUGCAAGGCUAUGCUCCUGUCACUGGGAUGUGCCACCCCGUCCGCAGCUGCACUCUGAACCACGAGGAUGGCUUCUCCUCAGCAUUCGUGGUGGCCCACGAGACCGGCCACGUGCUGGGCAUGGAGCACGACGGGCAGGGCAACCGCUGUGGCGACGAGGUGCGGCUGGGCAGCAUCAUGGCGCCCCUGGUGCAGGCCGCCUUCCACCGCUUCCACUGGUCCCGCUGCAGCCAGCAGGAGCUGAGCCGCUACCUGCACUCCUAUGACUGCCUGCGGGACGACCCCUUUGCGCACGACUGGCCGGCGCUGCCCCAGCUCCCGGGGCUGCACUACUCCAUGAACGAGCAGUGCCGCUUCGACUUCGGCCUGGGCUACAUGAUGUGCACGGCGUUCCGGACCUUCGACCCCUGCAAGCAGCUGUGGUGCAGCCACCCUGACAACCCGUACUUUUGCAAGACCAAGAAGGGGCCCCCCCUGGACGGGACCAUGUGUGCACCCGGCAAGCACUGCUUUAAAGGACACUGCAUCUGGCUGACGCCCGACAUCCUCAAACGAGAUGGCAACUGGGGCGCCUGGAGUCCGUUCGGCUCCUGCUCGCGCACCUGCGGGACCGGUGUGAAGUUCAGGACCCGCCAGUGUGACAACCCACACCCGGCCAACGGGGGCCGCACCUGCUCAGGCCUUGGCUACGAUUUCCAGCUCUGCAACUCCCAGGACUGCCCCGACGCCCUGGCUGACUUCCGUGAGGAGCAGUGUAGACAGUGGGACCUGUAUUUGGAGCAUGGCGAUGCCCAGCACCACUGGCUUCCCCACGAGCACCGGGAUGCCAAGGAGAGAUGUCACCUCUACUGCGAGUCCCAGGAGACCGGGGAGGUGGUGUCCAUGAAGCGCAUGGCGCAUGAUGGGACGCGCUGCUCUUAUAAGGACGCCUUCAGCCUCUGCGUGCGCGGGGAGUGCAGGAAGGUGGGCUGUGACGGAGUGAUCGGCUCCAGCAAGCAGGAGGACAAGUGUGGCGUGUGUGGAGGGGACAACACCCACUGCAAAGUGGUCAAGGGCACAUUCACACGCUCCCCCAAGAAGCUUGGUUACAUCAAGAUGUUUGAGAUCCCGGCAGGAGCCAGACACCUGCUAAUCCAGGAGGCAGACAGCACCAGCCACCACCUGGCCGUCAAGAACCUGGAGACAGGCAAGUUCAUUUUAAAUGAGGAGAAUGACGUGGAUCCCAAUUCCAAAUCCUUCAUUGCUAUGGGUGUGGAGUGGGAGUACCGGGAUGAGGAUGGCCGGGAGACGCUGCAGACCAUGGGCCCCCUUCACGGCACCAUCACUGUGCUGGUCAUCCCACAGGGAGACGCCCGGAUCUCGCUGACGUACAAGUACAUGAUCCACGAGGACUCGCUCAACGUGGACGGCAACAACGUCCUGGAGGACGACUCUGUGGGCUACGAGUGGGCCCUCAAGAAGUGGACUCCCUGCUCCAAGCCCUGCGGUGGAGGUGAGGGGUCUUCUCAUAGCCGGAGGGGGCUUCUGGGCAAAGGGCUUCCUGAGCUCAUGGUGCCCUGCUGACUGCCUGGCCUGAGGGAGGUGCCCGGCACCAGAAGACUGGCCCCAGGGGCAGGAGGCCGAGGCAGC